AUUGAGAACCUUGGCCCCCAUCACAAUGGGCCGAGAUUCAGGGGACAGUCUGAGCUGUGGUUCUGCUGAGCAGGCCCAGCACAGGGAGGGCAGGAGGUGCGGAGGGCCCCUGGAGGACCCUGAGGGCCGCCAUGAAGAUGCACAGCGAGGCAGAUGUGGACGAGCAGAUCCAGGAGAUGAAGACCAUCACCCGGCUCCAGGAGCAAUGUCGGGCGCUGCAGGUCCAGGCGAUGAAGGAGAAGACGGUCAAGAACAAGGAGACGCUGGCUCUCCUGCGCAGUAAGAUCCGCCACGGGGCCCAAGACUGGGCUUUGGCCAAGAAGUACGACCAGUGGACCAUCUCCAAGGCCUGCGGGAAGGACGUGCCCACGAGGCUGGCACACUGCCGCUGCACCACGGAGGUGGCGAGGGAGAAGCUGCGCAAGUAUGUCUUCGACCGCGUGAACGUGCACAACGUGCUGAUCCACCUGGUGCGACGACGCGGGCAGCAGCUGGAGAGCAUGCAGCUGGAGCUGGCCAGCCUGCAGAACCAGCCCGAUGCCACCAAAGACGAGCUGCGCAUGAUGCAGGUCAUCCGCCAGCUGGAGAACAACAUCGAAAAGACGAUGGUCAAGAUCACCACAAGCCAGAACAUCCACCUGCUGUACUUGGACCUGCUGGAUUAUCUGAAGAGAGAGCUGGCAGGAUACCCCACGGAGCUGGACAAGCUGCAGCAUCUCGUGGGUGCCUACUGUUCGGAACUGUCGGAUAUGACAGUCAUGUCCCAAGAUGCCAUGACGAUUACAGAUGAGGUCAAGAGGAACAUGAGGCAAGGAGAGGCGACCUUCAUCGAGGAGCGGCGGGCACGGGAGAACCGGCUCAACCAGCAGAAGAAGCUGAUCGACAAGAUCCACACCAAGGAGACCAGCGAGCGGUACCGCCGGGGCCGGCGGGACCUGGACUUCUCAUCCAACCUGAUGAGCAAGGAAACCCUGAAAGUGAGGAAAAGAGAGACCUCCAAGGCUGAUAUCGAAUACCAGACGGACGUGACUGCUUUGGUGGAGAAAGUCAAGACUGCUGUGCAGUGCUCCCACCUCUGGGACAUCGCCGGCCGGUUCCUGGCUCAGAAGAACACGGAGGAUAACCUGGAGCUACAGAUGGAGGACUGUGCAGAGCGGCGGGCACAGCUGGAGGCCUUGACAAGGAAGCUGGAGCUGGAGGAGGCCAUGCUCAGGUUCCACCAGACACCCAGCUCCAUCAGCUUUAAGUCCGUCGAGAAGAAAAUGAGGGACAUGCUGAAGGAGGAGGAAGACAGGCUACAGCUGGCUCACACCAAGAUGACCAAGAGCCAGAAGCUGCUGCUGACCCUCCAGAUGGGCAUUGACACCCUCUACAUCCGGCUGAUUGGCAUCGCCCUGCCCACGGCCCAGAAAGAAGCAGUGCCCUCUGGCACCCUCGAUGUGAACGGCAAGCUGGCGUACUGCGAGGAGAAGCUCCUGUACCUGGCGGACAGAGUGCAGCUCUUGUCCAGGACUGAGGAGAUCAACACAAAGGUGAGGGACGCCUUGGAGUCCUCAACUCUGAAGGAGAAGCAGAACACCAGGAUCAGCUUCGAGGGCCUGGAGGAGGAUAUGAUAGAAACCUUCCAGUUCGCUGACGUGGACCACAGCUACGUCCCCUCGCGGGCCGAGAUCAAGAGGCAGGGCCAGCGGCUGAUCGAGGGGAAGCUCAAGGCGGCCAAGAAGAAGAAGAAGUGACCCGGAGAAGGAGGAGGAGGGGCCCCUUCCCCGUCCCCGCCCCCGCCCCCCAUGCCCCCGCUGUUCUACACAAUAAAGCAUUUUUCCAGGAC